CCAUUGUAUAUACCAUCCUCACAUAUUUAUCCUAUAUAGCUCUCUCUCCUAGGGGAGAUCUUUUCCUUUUACGCUUUCCUAUUCUGUCUCCUUAGUAUUUCCUUAUUUCCUUGAUUUCAUCAUCUAUCUCUGUCUAUCUACUUGGGUCGGGUUCUUUGGGUUUUCUUAUUUCUUAUUAGUCUACUACGCAUAUAACGAUUAAGACUACGUUAAGAAAUCAUCAAACGAAGAAACCACAUCGAUACGAUCUCCAACCAACAUAUACGACAUCUUCAUCCUCAUCUUCCACAUAUUCCUUCCGACUCACAUCAAUCAAAAUGUAUGCUUCGACGUUAUUGGUAUCAUUUCUCGGCGCUUCGACCGUCAUUGCUGCUCCAACAUGGCCCGCCUUUAACUGGGACGCCGCCAAGCCCGAUGGUCUCGAAACCGUUUCUGAGUACUUCAACAUGUUGGCACAGAAGGUCGAAUUGGGGAAAUUUAUGGCAGCCGCACCUGUCUGCGAUCUCUCGAAAGCCCAGAUGACAACAGCUCCUAAUCCGCUGACUCCUCCAUCUCCCGGUUUAACUCUUAAGCACGUGGCUAUUGGUCGUGGAACACAAAACUACACAUGCGAUACUACCAACGCCACCGCUGUCCCCACAGCCGUAGGUGCUGUUGCAACUCUUUUCAACGCUAGCUGUGUUGCCUCGACAUACCCGGAUCUGCUCCAGAUGUUACCAAAGCUGGCAUUGCAGUUCAACCUUACGGCGCAAGAAGACUCACGCAUGGGCCCCACGAACUUGGCUAUUUCGGGUCACCACUUCUUUACCAACAACACGACACCGUUCUUCAACCUCGACACGACUCAAUACCAGAUUGGUGAGGCAGGAUGCUCCAAAGACAACCAAACAGAUGCACCGGCCGACGCACCCAAGGGUCAACAAGGCGAGAAGGCCGUUCCGUGGUUGAAGCUCAAGGCCCACGUCGGCUCCACUGGUGACUUGCAAGAAGUUUACCGAAUCCAAACGGCCGGUGGCAGCGCUCCAGCGACAUGCCAAGGCCAACCUGCCGCAUUCGAGGUGCAAUAUUCAGCACAAUAUUGGUUCUGGGAAGGUCAAUCUUCAUCAUAAGCAAGAUUACCAACUUCAAACUAGUAAAAUUGUACAAAUCUCGAAAAAUUAAAGGGGCAUAGGAGUAUUCCAUAAUAGAGGGAAGGAUAGGUGUCAAUCCAGCCAACGGUUGGGGCACUGUUGGGUAGAUACGGGACCACUAUCUUUCUCAGGGUGUUCGGAGGCGGACGCAAGUCGUCGGGGAUACCAAGUCAUGCAUACAUACCUUCUUCAUACU